ACUAUCUAGCAUCUUGGGCUGCCUGAAAAUGGUAAACCUUGAUCAAGAAACAUCGGACUGUGUGCUUUCGUUUCAAAAAUGGACCCCAUAAAAGGUUGAAACGAUGCUGCAGAGUCUCCUCUUAUUGACUAAAUAAUCGAUUUUGAGGUUCAACUGGUGCUAAAGCUGUUGCUGAAGUCUGUAUCUUUUGUUAUGAGCUUGUGCUUCGUGGUUCUGCUUUUCCUUGGUAAAAGCAAGAAAUGGAAUGACUACAAGUUUCGGAACAAAUUCGGAGUUAGCGACAGGUCUAUCGGUUUCAAUCAAGUCAUCUCCUCAAAAACCUUGGCUCUGCCUGCUCUGUCCCUGUGGAGCAUCAUUUAGAUCCGAUAAAAGGAAGUUCCAGCUUCUAUCCGUAAAUUCUCGCCGAAAAAAAUCUAAAGCGUGGACGAGGAGUUUCUCUAAUGAUUUGGGUGUUGUAAGAGCUGAGAUAGACUGUGAGAGUCUUAGCUAUAAGAAAUCCGGGGUCGAUAUUGAUACUGGAUCCGAGCUUGUCAAGAGGAUUGAUAAGAUGGCUCCCGGUAUCGGAGGCUUUGGAGGACUCUUUCCUUUUGGGGAUUCUUGCCUUGUUGCCGGAACAGAUGGGGUGGGGACUAAACUGAAACUCGCUUUUGAGAUGGGAAUCCACGAAACUAUUGGAAUUGAUCUGGUUGCUAUGAGUGUGAAUGAUAUUGUCACUUCUGGAGCGAAACCGUUGUUUUUCCUCGAUUACUUUGCAAUGAGCCGUCUUGAUGUUGACCUUGCUGAAAAGGUAAUAAAAGGCAUAGCAGAUGGGUGUCAACGAUCGGACUGUGUCCUAUUAGGAGGAGAGACCGCAGAAAUGCCCGACUUCUACAAAGAGGGCGAAUAUGAUCUGAGUGGAUUUGCAGUGGGCAGUGUGGAGAAAGGUUCAGUCAUAGAUGGAAAAAGCAUUGUAGCUGGUGAUAUUCUUAUUGGCUUGCCAUCAAGCGGAGUUCAUUCGAAUGGCUUCUCACUCAUAAGAAGAGUAAUUGCUCAAAGCGAUCUUUCAUUGAGGGAUCCGCUUCCAGGUGAGGAUGUUACAGUAGGCGAGGCUCUCAUGGUGCCAACUGUUAUAUAUGUUAAGCAGGUUCUUGACCUUAUCAGCAAGGGAGGGGUGAAAGGAAUUGCCCACAUCACGGGUGCUGGUUUUACUGAUAAUAUACCUCGGGUGUUCCCUGAUGGUCUUGGCGCUGUUAUUCAUACGGAUUCUUGGCCAGUUCCUAGUCUGUUCAAAUGGAUCCAAGAGGAGGGAAAUAUUGAAGAUUCAGAGAUGAGGUGGACAUUCAACAUGGGCAUCGGGAUGGUCCUGGUAGUUAGCCCCGAGGCAGCCCAUCGGACACUCGGUGAUGAGGGAACGAUAGCUUAUCGGAUCGGAGAGGUUGUGAGUGGGGAAGGAGUAAGCUAUUGUUAGUAGGAAGGAACAAGUUUAUUAAUUUUCUGAAUCCAAUAUUUCUGUUUUUCGGUAAUGAGAUGAAGAUGAACCAUCCGUGGCUCCUUGUAUUCGUACACACGACUUCGGAUCGAUUUUGUUUCUCCUAGAAAGGUGAGAUGAACAUUA